AUGGACGUCGACUGCGUCUCGCUGCCCGACGCAGCCGCCCGGCCCUGGCCCAAGGCCGCCGCCAACGGCGGCGUCCACGAGCUGCUCGAGUGCCCCGUCUGCACCAACUCCAUGUUCCCGCCGAUCCACCAGGUCGCCCCCGCGCUCGCCUCUCCUUAUUCUUCGUUCCCUUCAUUGAUUGAUCCAUUUGCCCCGGCUGCCUGCUCUGCUUGGAUGGAUCGAUUGUCUUCUUUGAUUUCGAAUGGGGAAUUCCCCUUCGCCUGUAGUAGUAGCGUAAUGCGUGGGGAUUUGACUUUACGAUAUGCUGGUGACAUCCCUUAUCUUGUUUCCCAUUUGAGGGAUGAUCACAAAGUUGAUAUGCAUAGCGGCUGCACAUUCAACCACAGAUAUGUCAAAUCGAACCCACGAGAAGUUGAAAACGCCACCUGGAUGCUAACGGUGUUUCACUGCUUCGGGCAGUACUUCUGCCUGCACUUUGAGGCAUUCCAGCUUGGGAUGGCACCUGUAUACAUGGCCUUCCUCCGUUUCAUGGGGGACGAGAACGAGGCGAAGAACUACAGCUACAGCCUCGAGGUCGGUGCCAACGGGAGGAAGAUGGUCUGGGAGGGCACCCCCAGGAGCGUCCGCGACAGCCACCGGAAGGUGCGGGACAGCCACGACGGCCUCAUCAUCCAGAGGAACAUGGCGCUGUUCUUCUCCGGUGGCGACCGGAAGGAGCUGAAGCUCAGGAUCACUGGCCGGAUCUGGAAAGAGCAGCAGACCCCAGACGGCGCCUGUAUUCCCAAUCUGUGUAGCUAA